AAAAUAAUAAUAAUAAAAAUAAAAAAUAAAAUCAGCACUUGGAGCAGAAUGGAAGAAAACCGGCCUUUGAUAGGUAAAUGUACAAGAACUCCAUAAAUACAAGGACCUACUUGAAAACCUCCCAAAUUAUUCGUUUCAUUUUUCUCAUUUUCUCUCCACUUCCCUCCAUAUCUAUACGAACCAAAAUUCCUCCUCCUCCUCCCAGUCACACUUUCACCGUGGAAAAUUACAAAACCCUCAUUUUCCCUCCCUCAACAAAUCUAAACCCCUUGAAUAGAUCAUCAAUUGGAUUUAAUUGAUACUUGUUUAGAUGACCGGACAAGAAGCCCCGACUCGCGAAGCGGUGCCGACGCCUCCAGCUGCGGCGGGGAACGGUCAGAUCAUCUACCAGCAGCAGACGCCUCCAACGGCUAUCAGGCGGCACCUCCCCUUCGAAUCCAUGAAGCCGCCGUUUGCUCCCCACGAUGACUACCACCAUUUCUGUACUCCCGGUCGAGCUCCCGCCUCCUCCUCAAGUCAUCCUUCAGAUGCUGUUGUAGUCAAGUCUCCUGCUUUAAAGCGAAAAAAAGGGUUUGAAAACAAUAAGUUUGAGUCUAGUGAAAAGACAGCAAGUCCUGCAUACAAUGAUGCGGCUAGCGGUCCCUUCCUUACACCUAUAUCUGGGAAAGGAGGAAAGAUAGCUGGCAGGUCAAAGGUCGCAAAGAACAAUAUAUCUUCAUCUCCAACUCCUGCUUCCAGUGUUGAUACUCCCUUAACUCUUACUCCUGCUGGCAGCUGCCGCUAUGAUAGUUCCUUGAGUCUUCUAACAAAGAAAUUCAUCAAUUUGAUAAAGUAUGCAGAAGAUGGUAUUCUCGAUUUAAACAAAGCUGCUGACACUUUGCAGGUGCAGAAGAGACGAAUAUAUGACAUAACAAAUGUCCUUGAAGGAAUUGGUCUCAUUGAAAAGAAGCUUAAGAACAGAAUUCACUGGAAAUCCAUAUCAUUACUCAUUAGGGGAUUUGAUCCUUCAAAACCUGGACAAGUGGACAGUGACAGUACUCUUUUGCAGGCAGAAAUUGAAAACCUUUCCGUGGAAGAAAGAGGACUGGAUGAGCAAACAAGAGAAAUGCAAGAAAAAUUGAGGGAUUUGAGUGAAGAUGAAAAUAAUCAAAGAUGGCUUUUUGUGACUGAAGACGAUAUCAAGGGAUUGCCUUGUUUCAAGGAUGAAACCCUGAUAGCAAUUAAAGCUCCGCACGGGACCACCCUUGAAGUUCCAGAUCCUGAUGAGGCUGUUGAUUACCCACAAAGGAGAUACAGAAUAAUACUCAGAAGCACAAUGGGUCCUAUUGAUGUUUACCUUGUUAGUCAAUUUGAGGAGAAAUUUGAAGAGAUAAAUGGUGGUGAACCAUCUACAAGCUUGCCUCUUGGUUCAAGUGAUAAUCCCGCAACACAAGGAGCCUUGUUGGCAAGCAGUGGGAAGGAGAUUGAAGCUCAAGCCCAAGAUGACCAUAGAAUAAACUCUGAUUUUGGUGCUUUACAAGAGUGUGCCGGAGGAAUGACGAAGAUUGUCCCUUCAAAUAUUGAUAAUGAUGCAGAUUAUUGGCUUCUAUCAGAUGCAGAUGUUAGCAUCACAGACAUGUGGAAGACAGAUUCUGUUGUAGGGUGGAAUGGGGUUGAUAUGCUUGAUGACGAGUUUGGAAUGGCUUCUAUCGUCACACCAAGGCCACAGACUCCACCUUCUGGUGUUGCUGAUGUGCCUACUGUUGUUAGUUUGCCACCUAGGUGAUUUUGCUUUGUUUGAUUGUUUAGACAAACCUUACCAUGUCAACCCGAGAGGUUAAAUAGUCAUUGCCAGUAUUUGUUGGUAGAUUGCUGAUUCAUUUCAGUCAUUUUGACACAUAAUACACAAGGCAAUAACUCUACAAUGAAAGAAGGAAAAACAGGACGAGGAACGUGGAAAUAUGAUUCGAUUGUACAUCUGUUUGUGAUCUGUUUCGGAAGAGUAGGGAAGAAUAGAAGAAAAAUCAAGGACCUGUGGAUUUCUGUAUCUCAUUUGCAGGAAAUUUCUGAUAGGAACUGUAAUAACUUCAAUUACAUCCUUAGCCUCUGGUAUGAAGUAUUUGGUAGUGAAGAGAUCAUGUGUUCUCAUCUUUCCGCAGUUUAGGAAUGAAAUGAUAAAAAAGUACAUAUUUGCCAGUAAA